AUGCUUCCAAUUCAAAUAUAUCCUGACAACUAUAAUGAUGAAGUAUUACCUUCACCUCAAAAUAUUAAGCAUAUAAAGAUUUCAUUACAUAAUUAUUCAUUUUUCACCAAUCUUUUAAUAAAUCAAAAUUUUUAUCGAGCGUUACUUAUCGGAUAUUUUGAGAAAGCAUGGGACUGUGAUAAUUUAUCAGAAUUAAUCGAUUUAUUUUUUAACCAACCUAAUACUACUGAAGAUGGCUUAAAAGGAAAGCAUGAUAAUUCGAUACAUAGAGAUAAUAAACCAAGGUUAAACUUUUAUGAAUCUAAGACUGCAAUGAUAAGAAAGUGGUAUUGGAAAACAAUAUUAUGUAAUGAUGAUGCUGGAGGCGUUAAAUCCAAACAAGAGUUUGAUGAAAUGUUGCAUUCACUUUGGCCAGCUGAAGGUGUAGAUCAAGAUUUUAUUGCCAGCAUAGCACAGAAUGAUGUUUGUUUUGAUCUAAGACUUGAAGCUAUUGUAUAUAUUAUAUUAUAG